AUGCUGGCCAGAGCAAGCGGGAGCCACAGUUGCCUGAGGAAUCAGCUGCAGGAAACCUGGGAAAAGGUCGAAGGGUCCGAGAUGGAGGAGCCGCUCUGCUGCUGCGAGUACAUUGACCGGACGGGGGAAAAGAACCACCUAGUGGCCUGUUUCUGUGACUGCGAGGACCUCGAUGAGGGCUGUGAAAGGUGGCUGACGUGCAAAUCUUUGCCCCCGGGGACUUUAGAGAGAAUUGCAGACACCAUUUUGGAUCGCUUCCGCAUUCCCUGGCUUAAGGGGGCCAUAAAGAUCAAUAUCACCCUGCUCCCACCACUCGUCCUGCUGCCAGUCUUCCUCCACGUAGCAGCUCUGCACUUCCUGUUGGCACUUGUUAUUCUGACAUCCCUUCCUGUGGUGGUGCUGUGGUACUACUACCUCACACACAGGAGGAAGGGACGGACUCUCUUCUUUUUGAGCCUGGGGCUGUUCUCUCUGGGGUACAUGUAUUAUGUGUUUCUCCGGGAAGUGGUUCCGCGAGGCCAUGUGGGGUACACGCAGGUGGUUAUUCUCACCUGUGGGCUAAUUCUCAUGCUUGUGGCCCUGUCUCAAGCCAAGAGAGACCCUGGCUACCUUGCCAGCCAAAUGAGCAAUGACAAAUCACCAUGCCAAGGCAGCAAUGGCUUGCCAAACAGGAAAGUCCUGGGGAGCUCCAAUGGGCUUCACGGAGCGGCUGUGUCUGGCAUUGCCAGCUGUCAUGCUAAGAACGAUGAUGCCAAGGGCUAUUCCAGAAUGUUGGCCGAGGGACUAGACAAAGCAAAGGACUGGUGCACCAAAUGUCAGCUGAUUAGGCCACCUCGGGCUGGACAUUGCCGGUUGUGUGGCGUAUGUGUUAGGAGACUGGACCAUCACUGUGUCUGGAUUAACAGCUGCGUAGGGGAGCGGAAUCACCGAGCCUUUAUCCUUGCGCUAUCACUCUUCCUGCUCACCUCCGUUUAUGGAAUUACACUGACCCUGGACACCAUCUGUAGGGGCCAAAAUAUGUUCAUAGCGCUGUUCUACUGCCCAGGGACCUAUGCAGACUACAGCUCUGCUCUGUCAUUCACGUGUGUGUGGUACUGUGCCAUUGUAACGGCCGGGAUGGGCUACAUCCUCCUCACCCAGCUAUUGAACAUCAGCUACAAUGUGACUGAGAGGGAAGCUCGGCUGGCUCUGCGGGAGGACACCGGGCGCAGGCUUCUGGGCGGGAUUGUGGUAGACACGGGCAAGUAUAACCGGGGCUUCCUGUACAACUGGGGCCAGUUCUUGACCCUGGGGUCACCCACUCCUCAGUGCUCUGCUGAAGACAUUGUAUGA